AACACCAAAUAGGAAGCCUAUCUUCGGUUCACUUCACUCGCACCCUCCUCGUUCUACUCCUUCGCCGUUCCCUCUCUCCUCCUGCAACGCUGUGAGGUGAAGCGUGCCGGAGAAUGGAGGCCUUCUACUGGCUGCUCUUCGGCGGGCUCGCUGCGGUGGUGGUGGCCCUGGAGAUGAGCAAGACCAACAGGGACCGCGCCGCCACCUCCUCCGCCUUCAACUCGUUCAAGAACAACUACCUCCUUGUCUAUUCCCUCAUGAUGGCCGGAGAUUGGUUGCAGGGUCCGUACGUGUACUACCUCUACAGCCAGUAUGGAUAUGGGAAGGGAGACAUCGGUCGCCUCUUCAUCGCCGGCUUCGGAUCUUCCAUGCUGUUCGGGACCAUCGUCGGAUCUCUGGCGGACAAGCAGGGUCGGAAGAGAGCUUCUGUGACGUAUUGUAUCACUUAUAUCCUCAGUUGCAUCACCAAACAUUCUCCACAGUAUAAGGUCUUGAUGUUGGGACGCAUAUUAGGAGGGAUUGCGACGUCACUCUUGUUUUCGGCAUUUGAGUCAUGGCUUGUUGCAGAACACAAUAAGAGGGGUUUUGAACCACAGUGGCUAUCCAUAACAUUUUCCAAAGCUAUAUUUCUUGGAAAUGGCCUUGUUGCCAUUAUCGCUGGGUUGUUUGCUAACCUGCUGACAGAUAAUUUGGGUUUUGGACCUGUUGCACCCUUUGAUGCUGCCGCAUGUUUUCUUGCUAUUGGCAUGGCGGUUAUAUUAUCAACAUGGACUGAGAACUAUGGAGAUCCUUCUGAAAGCAAGAAUUUAGUUACCCAGUUCAAGGUUGCUGCAUCAGCUAUUUCUUCUGACACGAAAAUUGCGUUACUUGGUGCAAUACAGUCGUUGUUUGAAGGUUCCAUGUAUACAUUUGUUUUCCUCUGGACUCCUGCUUUAAGCCCAAAUGAUGAAGACAUUCCACACGGAUUCAUUUUUGCGACAUUUAUGCUGUCCUCAAUGUUGGGUAGCUCCAUUGCAUCUCGACUAUUGUCCCGCGCAGCACCCAAAGUUGAAUCUUACAUGCAGCUUGUAUUUGCUAUCGCUGCGGUCACUCUCCUUCUACCUGUUAUUACCAGUUUCUUAGUAGCACCCUCAACAGUCAAAGGUGGAAGCAUUUCUUUCGGGGGUUGUAUUCAGCUCUUUGGCUUCUGCACAUUUGAAGCUUGUGUUGGAAUAUUUUGGCCUUCCAUUAUGAAGAUGAGGUCCCAGUACAUUCCUGAAGAGGCUAGAAGCACGAUCAUGAACUUUUUCCGCAUUCCCCUUAACAUAUUUGUGUGUGUUGUUCUAUACAAUGUGAAUGCAUUCCCUAUGACUGUCAUGUUUGCCAUGUGCUCUGUUUUCCUUUUCCUUGCCUCAAUUCUUCAAAGGAGGUUGAUGAUAGUUGCUGAGAGCCACAGAUCAAAGUCUGAAGAUUGGACUUCUCUGAAGGAGAGAGAUGCUGAGGCGGAGCCACUGAACAUUUGAAGAGCAAUAAAACCUGGAGCACACGAGAAUGUGGUCUUUCACGGCAAUGCUACUGCAAUCUUGUCUUGGUUCUUGUCAUUACUAAUCUGAUGGAAAAUAAGUUUGUUACUAUGUUUAGGUGGAUUCAAUUGGAUGUGCAGUUAUGAGGCAGAGGACAUUGGAAAUGCAAGAACUCCAUAUUGAGGUUUCCCUAUUCUAGAUUUUCUUCUAAAAGAUUACUGAAAAACAGAAGUAUCUCUAUGUAGUGGUUAACAGUCAGUUGCCCAAUUGGUUUUCUGUUUUAGAAUCCUUUUGUUGCUUCUUUAUCUUCACUCACGACCGACAUGUCCUUAGAGAUUCUAUCCAUGACCGAGUCUUUAUCAUGUAUUCAGAAAAUAAUCAAUAAUUUCUGCAUCUAGAUUUGGUUA